AGCACAAGCUACAAGGAUUUAGACCAUCGUUUAACAGAAACCAAGAAGCAGACAGCUCUGAAAAGAGCUAUAUUAUUCAACGUUUUUGACCACCUCUGUUAACACAGACAGCUCUGAGAAGAGCUAUUUUAUUUCACGUUUUUGAUAUGCUCUGUUAACACAGAAAGCUCUGAAAAGAGCUAUUUUGCUGAACGUUUUUGAUCUUCUGUCUACAAGAGACGAAGUAACUCGCCGACGCCGCUGCCAGUAUCACGCGCCGACCAACGCGCGUAGGUAUCGCAGCGCGGCACGGCGCACGGCGUUUACAUCUUCACGGCUCGACGGUCGCAGGAGGAAAGGACAGAGGCACGCGUUACGCAAUAUUUAUAGCGGCGCGAAACUCAGCGCGCGGCGCUGCGGAGGCGCGUCCUCUUUGCACGGACCUCUCACUCAUCGACUAUCUCGCUCUUUUAUCGGCUAUCCUUUUCUUUCCAUUGUUCACAUUGUAAAUAAAGUUCUGUCCUAAAUAGUGUAACGCUAUUGGCUAUAAUUUAGGCGAUGUUAUUGGUGUACAAAUUUCUAAAUUUUAUUUAUUUUUAAUUUAAUAGUUUUAAUUGGUUAAUGUACAGAAUUAGUUGUAAGUAGCACUAGUACCAAUUUUUGUAUAAAAACAACCACCUCCGGCUAAUAAAUUCAUUCGAUCUACGACAACAAGUUGUUUCACUAAUAACAACCGAUCUCCAAAGUGGUGACCCCGAGCAAGAACAGCAAGAAGAAGAAGAAAUCCCUGCUGGAAGAACGAAUCCCUGCUGGAAGAACGAAUCCCUGCUGGAAGAAAAUUAAUUAUUAUCCAACAUCAAGAUGGCAAAUCCCUGCCCGACGGAAGACCUAACCCACACCGUAGCGAAGACGGAAACAGCUGGCAUAUCCCUCACAAUGCGCAUUCCACCAUUCUGGCGUGACCGACCACGUCUAUGGUUUAUUAGCUUCGAAGCAGCUACCAACGACAUGAAGAAGGGACAGGCUCAGCUCGCCCAGAUGGUCAUCGCACAGCUCGAACGUCAAGACAUCGAGCAAAUCAUGGACCUCCUGUACAACCCGCCGGAGACGAAUCAAUACGACGCAAUCAAGGAACGUCUCAUAUCUGCCUAUGAAGAGUCCGACAGCCGACAGUUCCAGAAACUACUGUCCGAGAUGGAACUCGGCGAUCAGAAGCCUACGCAGCUACUCCGCCGCAUGCGUAACCUAGCCAGAGACAAGGUCCCUGACUCCACGUUACGACUCAUGUGGACCAACCACUUGCCAUCACACAUCAGAUCCGUCCUGGCCGUCAGCGAAUCAUUUAGCACAAAAACUGAGCUGGAAGAGCUCGCUCUACUCGCUGACAAAAUGAUGGAGCAGUCCGCGUCAACUACAGAAGUCUCAGCAAUACAACCAUCACCAGCACAGUCCACGUCAUCAUCACACACCGAUACACAAUACCUUAUCAACGAGAUAAGAAAAUUAUCAUUGGAGAUCGCCGAAUUAAAGUCAAGACCAGCAUACAACCCCGACUACCGCCGCCGCCGUUACCCAUCUCAGCAACGCACACGCAGCACGUCACGUUCACGGAAUCGUGAUUCAUCAUCACCUUCACCAUUCUGCUACUACCAUCGGCGCUUCAAAGAACAAGCUCGACGCUGCACACCUCCCUGCUCAUUCAAAGCAACGACCUCGGAAAACUAAACCGAACGUUGGCGGAGGCGGCUA